AUAAAGUUUAGCAAGUGCUGCUGGCUUCCCAGGCGUACCAAAGAUAUUUUAGAACUCAGCUCAGUGAAGAAGGUACAUUGGUGCGUUUCUCGAACAAUAGCGAUGCACUACUACGUGGCUUUGUCCUUUAUCGGUUUUUGGACCUCCAUCAUAGUGACCGCCAAGCUGGGAACGCCUCCUGGCUCGAACAAGCUACAUCAAGAUGCAACCGACACCUUUGCGGUGAUGGAGAAAUUCGAGCACGUUGUGGCCAUAUCGGACUCGGACAACGAUACCGUAUUCGAAUGCCUCGCAGCACAUCGCACAGAUAUCGAUGUCGAAACACAGACAGCAACAUACAUGUUCGACUUCUUUUCUUCUGGCCUCCACAUCCCAUUCCGCAUAUCCCGAGGUGAGACACUGGGGACAGUCACCUUCACAAUGGGCAUGGAUCCCACACCACUGGAAGGGAUGGUCCAUUUUACGGAUUUCGAAAAUUGUGUCGUGGUGAGCGCCGAAUACUACACAACAGACCAGUGCAUACUCUGGACCCGGAGAGAAUUCAAGGACAAUGUGCCGCAAGACUGCAUCGACCACUUUGUGGACACAUGCGGAGUGAUCGUUCCUGAGCACAGCCGGGACUUGUGCCCCGAUGGAGAGGGUGACUACUAGCUUCAGCAUAGCAGCCUCGUCAUUUGAGCAUGUGUCGGAAUGACGAGUGAAAAAGCAACAACAUAAAGAAAUGGGCGCCUUUUUCCAUUGCCACAGAAUCACGAGAGAUUGAGCUCAAAUGUAUUUCCUGCUCUUCACUCGUGCUAAUAAAAAACUGUGAGAGCCCUCCA